AACAUAUUUUCCAUGUCGAAAUAAAAUCAUUUUUGAUAUAAAAGUAAAACCAACUUUAAUUUACUUUGUGAGUCUCAGCGCUGUGGACGUGUGUUUUAGUUAUUGCUACUGGAAGUGGUAAACACAAGACGGGAUCGUAAUUCGUAUCGAGCAGAUAAAAAACAACUGUGAAUUCUGAUUUAUUUUGCGCGAUAAUAAAUUAUUACGAAAGUGUUAAGUUUUCAUGGUUUUAGUGACGACUGACGUAUGCAAGACCGAAGACGUAUGUGUACAGUGUAACAUAUCAGCUGCUCGGUGAAGUGAUUGUUGCGUGUGUUUUAAAUUCAUUAAUUUAUUUCACAUAAUGAAUUUGUCGUUCGCUGGUUGUGGUUUUCUUGGUAUAUAUCACGUAGGUGUUGCAGUAUGUUUAAAGAAGUAUGCUCCACAUUUGCUGAUUGGCAAAAUAUCGGGGGCCUCUUUUGGGGCCCUAUCUGCAUGUUGUCUUCUUUGUGAUCUACCCAUAGGUGAACUCACAACAGAUGUCCUACGGGUCGUAGGCGAGGCGAGGGCAGGCUCCUUAGGGCCUUUCAGCCCUUCCUUUAGUAUACAGAAUGUCCUUUUGGAGGGCAUGGAUAGGUACUUACCAAAGGAUGCCCAUAAGAUAGUCAGUGGCAAGCUCCACAUAUCUCUUACCAGGGUAUACGAUGGCAAAAAUGUUAUAGUCUCCGAAUUCCCUACGAGAGAAGAUCUCUUACAGGCUCUCCUGGCGUCAUGUUUUGUGCCAGUUUUCUCGGGUAUGCUUCCUCCGAGAUUCCACGGGGUGAGAUACAUGGACGGCGGCUUCAGUGACAAUCUGCCCGUGCUGGACGAAAACACUAUCACAGUCAGUCCAUUCUGUGGAGAAAGUGACAUUUGCCCGCGAGAUUUAAGCUCACAGCUGUUUCAUGUAAACGUUGCGAACACGAGCAUAGAAUUGUCUAGACAGAACAUGAGUCGGUUCGCCCGGAUACUGUUCCCGCCAAAACCGGAGGUGCUCAGCAAUAUGUGUAAACAAGGCUUCGACGACGCCCUUCGUUUUCUACAUAGAAACAACAUGAUCACUUGUACGAGAUGUUUAGCGGUACAGACAACGUACCAGCUACAGGAUGUGCUUGACGACAGCAAGUUCGAAUACGACCCCGACUGCGAGGAGUGCAAGACACAUAGACAAGACGCACUUGUUGAUGACCUGCCUGACACUGUAAUGACGAUAUUCGAGAACGCGAUCCACUCAGCCAACAACGGCCUAGUCAACUGGGUGAUGCGACAGCGCGGCAUGCGAUAUAUAUCUCUACUAGCGCUGCCGUACAGGGUGCCUGCUGACGUCAUGUACGCCACCUUCACCAAAUUUGUGGCGUGCACACCUAAGAUGAGCAAGUCCCUGUGGAGGCUGAGCUGGCAGGUGCUCAGUCAGCUGCACGCGUUCCUCUACUCCGCACACGACCGCUCCGACCCUAGUGUGUUCUACAAGCUGGGGAUCGAAGACAGCUUUGAUAGAAGACGCAGCACACCAAAGCUGGCGUAUACUGAGUCGCGGCAAUCUUUCGACACGCCAGGUGACACCGACGCAUUUGAACACAUACUCAACGUGACCACACACAAUGAGGCGCUGUUGGCGUACUAUUAUCUGGACAGCGAGAACAAGAUGAAGAUGACGGAGAUCUACGACGUGACGGACGCGGACACGGACGCAGUGCAGUCGCCGACGGAGCGCGACGUCAACAAGCAGCUGGAGUUCGACAACGACUGGACCGCUGACCUCAUGCCCGACAACGACGAGCUAGAUAUAGACGGUCUCGAAGAAGAAUUGGACCGCAACAUAUUCUCGGACCCGGAGAGUGAGUGGGAGAGCAAGUCCAACGACCACAGCUUUGAUGCCGACCAACCCGAGUCCGAUCGACAAAUUUUAGAACAAAUCGAUUGCGAAAGAUUAGCGAAAACUGUAACUAAGCGAGCAGUCAUACUAACAAACUUCAUGCUGAAUAAUUUAAUCGAAGCACUAUCAGAACUUUUGCGGAAUUCUACAUUACUCGAGUCACUGCUGCUAGAGGGACUACCCUUGAAAAUUCCAUACCUAAAUCCUCUAUGUGACGCAAUAUUAGCGAAUAGCUCGCUCCAACACCUGUUCUUGCCCCGUUGUCUGAUCGGUGACGCUGGUUGCAUGGCCCUGUGCAAGAUGGUGAGGUGUCUCCCCAACAUUUUGACCUUGGACCUGAGUGAAUGCGACCUCACGCCGCUCGGGGCUGGAUAUAUCGCGGAACUUAUUAGAUACCAGAAAUUACACAGGUACAGCGAGAACUGGAUCCACACGUUGCGCUACCGGCUGCCUGAGCUGGACACCAUGGCUGGUCUGCGGCGGCUCACCCUGUGCGGUAAUACACAGCUGGGUGACACGGGCGUCGCCAAGUUAUUCGACGAGUUGGCCGACGACCUGUGGAUCAAAGCCUUAGACGUCCAAAACUGCGGCAUAACGGAGGCGGGGGGAGCGGCUGCGAUCCACAUGAUGAAGUCCAACACCACGCUGGUCGUCCUCGACCUCAGAUACAAUCAGAUCAGCACCGAAUGUCACGCGAAGCUACGCCAGGCGGUGCGACAUAAUGAACAAGGGCAUGCCAACCAGUAUCAGUGGCUGGGGAACAUGAGCAGCGGCUCAAGUGACGGCAGAUGUGUAUCCAGACAAGUUUCAAAAACAAAGAUUGAACGAGCAUCUUCAAAAGUGAGGAACGUACCUAAACAUAACACAAAGCCAAGUGGCGUGAAGAAAGAAAGGGACUACAGCGAAGUGCUAGAAGAGAAGUUACAGGAGGAGACUUCUCACCGGAAACAGCUGGAAGAGCUCAACAUCCAGCUCGUUGAACAGAUGAAGAGGCAGAAACAGCACCAGAUACAGUUGUGGGCGAACGCCGCUACAUCCUCAGGUUCGGAGCAGUCGUUCCAAGCCAGCUCCCAUUCGGAGGCGACCAGCAGUUCGUCCAACUCGGUGACGAUAGACCAGCAAACUCUCGAGUACAUACAGCGCACCUUCCGCGAUAUUUACGCGUUCAUCAAGAACAACCAGUGCCAUGGACAAUGUCUCGAUGCAAAACUGGAAAGAAAGCAGGAAGCUGUCGACAGCGAAAGAGACGUAGCUUUAGACAAGAUCCUAAUGUCGCCAAAACGAGCACAAAGUCAAGUUGAAGUCGCUGGAAAGUUGAAGACUAGGAAGAGUACGAAGUCGGCGCAUCUGCUCGGCCGUCUGAACCCCUUGAAGGAGGAAUUGAGACCAGAAAUGUUAGAGCGCAACAUCGGGGACGUGAAAGAUUCUUGCGAAAUAAAAGAGAUUGAGCAGAAUGACUCCAAGAAGGACUCGCACAAAGAGGGUCUCGUAUUCUCCUUGGGUAACCUGAGCGACUCAUCAGAUACUCUGGUGUGCUCCCCCGCACCUAAUCCCAGGUUGGCUCUUUUCUCCUCCUCAGAUGAAGAUUGAUUUGUAACAAUAAAUUAAUAAAAUAAAGUU